AUGCAGUUCCCCGCGGGCCCGGCCGGCCUGGCCGCCCCCCUGCUCGCCCUGCCCGCGGCAGCGGCCCUGAGCGCCGGCGGCUCCCCGGGCCCGGCCCUGAUCCUGAUCCUGAUCCCGAUCCUGAUCCUGAUCCUGCUGCUCCUCAUCCUCAGCGGCUCCAUCGGCCUCUGCCAGGACCCGCUGUACUGUGUGCUGCUGCUGUUCUCCUUCGUGUCGGCCGUGGAUCUGCUCAUCGCACUGGAGGAGGACGGGAUCAUCUCGGGCUUCACCGAGCUCUACAUGCGGGAGGCCGAUCCCCAGCUCCGCACGGCUCACGGGCUCCUCACGUGUUACUGGGACGGUACCGUGCACUACGGGCUGGGCCUGGCCAUGGCCGCGGCCAUCGGAACCGGGAGGAACUACCGGGGCCUGGGGCUCUUCUGGCUCGGCUCGCUGCUGAUGAGCGCCGUGGUUUUCCUGCUCGGGAACCUGAUCGGGAAAUACAGCCCCGAGCUGAGCCUGUCCUUCCUCUUCAGCCUGCCCUACCUCCUCCUCCUCACCUGGGCCGGGCUCCGGCUGUUCCGGCAGCCGCGGCCGCUGCCGAACCUCAGCCCCGAGCAGAUCGCGGAGGAGCAGCGCAAACCCCUCUACCAGCGACCCCAGGACCUGCUCCUCAUCCUCAUCCUCAUCCUCACCGCUGCCUUCACCUUCUUCAGGGGGAUGGUGGUCCUGGACUGCCCGGCCGAUUCCUGUUUCGACUACACCUACCUGCACGAGCCCUACCUGCGCGACCCCGUGGGCUACCCCAAAGUGCAGAUGCUGAUCUACCUGUUCUACCUGCUGCCCUUCCUCAUCCUCGCCAUCUACGGGCUGGCGCUGCCCGCCUGCUCCUGGCUGCCCGACUGGAGCCUCGUGGUGGCCGGAGCUGUGGCGCAGGCUCAGUUCGCACACGUGGGCUCCUCGCUGCACUCCCGCACGCCGUUCCCGUACCAGACCCCCGACGAGGUCCUGUGGAUUUUCCUGCUCUCCAACGUCCUGUACGCGCUGGGCCCGCAGCUCCUGGCGCUGCGCUGCCUGCGCUCCCCGGCCUUCUUCCUCCUCCUCCCCGCUGCCCCCGGCCCGGCCCGCCACAAGAAAUACCUGUGACAUGUCCUGCUGUCCCCUCUGGGCUGCUGUCACCACCCCGGGGCUGCUGUCACCACCCGGGUCCUGCUGUCACCAUCCGGGUCCUGCUGUCACCACCCGGGUCCUGCUGUCCCCAUCCCGGUCCCGUUGUCCCCACCCCGGCGAUCCCGCCCGGAGUCUCUGGCCCCGCUCCGAGCUCUGUCACGAGAAGUGUCCCCGGAGAUGUCCCCAGAGAUGUCCCCAGGGGUGUCCAGGCGCGCCCCCAGAGGUGUCCCCAGGGGUGUCCCCGAACGUGUCCCCAGAGGUGUCCCCUGGGUGUCCCCAGAGGUGUCCAGAGGUGUCCCCGGACGUGUCCCCAGGGUGCUCCCAGGGAUGCUCCGCUCCCCCAAAAGCUGUGGGGACCCCGGGAUGCUCCGCGGGGACAUCGCUGCAGCCCCGGCCCUGCCCUGGUGGCGCUGCUGGGGGGACUCAGGAGCCGCGGUCCCUCCCGGGGGUCCCGCUGGGCCCCGGGGGUCCCGGUCCCGGCUCGGGGGUGGGGACAGCGCCAGGGUCACAAA